CAUAGUUGAAAGUUUUUGGUUAAAGCUUUUAGGAUUAUGGGAAGAGAUAACAGAGUCAGGCAGUUGGAGAAAAUUUUUCUGUUGUGCUGUUCCACCAGAAACCCAGUCGUCAACUUGCAUUAAUAUUAUUGGGCCUGAUCACUUCAAAUCUUCUUCAGAGUUGUCUGAGCCAGACCUGGAGCUAGACCACCAUGAGUCUCUUUUUGUCUUUGCACUGUGAAGAAAAGCUAUCAGAGAGAAAAGAAGCUAGGAGGAAAAUGAAGAAUAGUUGAAGGAAUACAACUAUAGAUGGAUUGAUGCAGGUCAUGGAAAAUAUCUCUGGAACUUCGGCCUUUCAGGAGGUGAAAUUCACUAAUAUCUUAGCUAGGUCCCAAAGGUUAAGAAUUACUUUAUAACCUAAACUAACCUGAAAUGUUUUUGUCUAAUCCAGAUAAUGUCUAAUGACUAAUCAAAAGCCACCUCAUUCCAAAGGUCUAGCAUGGCAAAAAAAAUUUCAGGAAUGAGGAUUUUGAUAGACAUCAAAUGCAUAAGUGUGUUAUUUAUAUAUCUAUAUUUAUAGUCUUGCUUAUUUGUCUUCUUAAUAUAACUGAAGGCUCCUGUUUCUAUAGCAAGAAGCAAAUAUGUAGACGGGAUUGAAUUUAUUCUGUUUUUUCUUAUGGUGCAAAUUUGGGACAUUCAGUUUGUCAAACUGGGAUUUUUUAUCCAGUUAUUGUAUGAACUCUGGUGUGCAUUUCUCCAAAUGGGCAUUUUUAUUUGUAAUUUACAUUUUGUCUAACAUAAUUCAUAAUUUUAUAUUCCAUUUUCAAAAAUUUAAAUAUUUUUGUAUAGAUUUUUCCUAAAUCAGAUUUUGGUAAAAUGCUAGUUUGGUGAAUUUUGGAUAUGACUGCUAAUUAAAUUUCAGUUUCCAUUAAGUAAUAAUUAGAUAGAUUUGCAUUUCUAUUUCCAAAUGUAUCAAACACUUUUUUUUCACCAUCCCUAAAUCUUUCUACAGUUUUUUUUUAGGAGUAAGCAAUCCUGAGGAAUUCCCACCCCUUUCCUAUUUUUCAUAAUAAGCAAGUAAUUCACAUAGCUCUGUGCUUUCCUAGGUAAGGUUAUACUCAUUAAAUGCAUGAGAAUGCUUUUCCACUGGCAAUGCUUGAGGCAGGAAUGUCCCCAUCCAUAAUUUCUGCGAUUCACAGAAAUUGUCCUUAAACAACAGAAUUUGACUCGAGGUUUUUAAAAACUGAACUCAUCCAUCUGAUUAAGGACAGGAAGCUUUCUGCAGAAAUUAUUCAUUGAGGAAGAAUCUGUGAAGAAAAUAUGACUGCCCAAGAAAAGCUUAUAGUGACUUCAAAGUCAGUAAGAUCAAGUGCAAUAAAACUUGUCAUCCCCUUGUUGAUGGUUCAGGUAAUGCUGGUAGGAAAUGUUUUGUGUGGAAAUGUGCUUAUUUGGCCAACAGAUGCCAGCCAUUGGCUAAAUAUUAAAAUAAUAAUUCAAGAACUGAUAAACAGAGAUCAUCGUGUCAGCAUCCUGGUUCCAACAACAUCUCUCUUCAUCACACCUGGAGAUAUUUCAGCUGCCAAUUUUGAAGUAUAUUCUGUUCCCUUUACAAAGGAAGAGUUUAAUUCUUUAAUCAUUGAUAUGAUAAAGUUGUGGUGGAAUAACAAACCAUCUAUUACAACCUUUUAUAGAUUUUAUCAGGAACUAGGGAAAUGGAUGGAGAAAAUAAAUAAACUCAAUAGGCAAAUGUGUGAAGCAGUUCUAUCUAAUCAAGAACUCAUGAUUAAGCUAAAGAACGCUAAAUAUGAUGUGCUUCUUUCUGAUCCUGUGGUGCAAUGUGGUGAUUUGAUUGCUGUGAAGCUGAACAUCCCAUUCUUAUACACGCUGAGGUUCUCUCCAGCCUCAACAGUGGAGAGACACUGUGGAAAAAUGCCUGCCCCUCCUUCUUAUGUUCCAGCUGCUUUAUCUGGGUUCACAGACAAAUUGUCAUUUGGAGAAAGGAUAAAAAAUAUUAUCUCUUACUACGUUCAAGACUAUGUUUUCCAAAAAUAUUGGGGGGAAUGGGAUUCCUAUUACAGUCAAGUUUUGGGGAGACCCACAACACUGUGUGAAAUAAUGGGUAAAGCAGAAAUAUGGUUAAUCCGAACCUACUGGGAUUUUGAAUUUCCACGACCUUUUCUACCAAACUUUGAAUUUGUUGGAGGUCUGCACUGCCAGCCAGCCAAGCCUUUAUCUGAGGAAAUGGAAAAUUUUGUACAGAGUUCAGGUGAACAUGGUAUUGUAGUAUUUUCCCUUGGUUCACUGGUUCAAAACUUAACAGAUGAAAAAAAUAAUAUAAUUGCAUCAGCACUCAGCCAGCUUCCACAGAAGGUUAUUUGGCGGUAUAAAGGGAAAAAACUAGAGAUGCUUGGAGCCAAUACCAGGACCUAUGAUUGGAUACCACAAAAUGAUCUUCUUGGCCAUCCAAAGACCAAAGCAUUUAUAACACAUGGCGGAACAAAUGGAAUUUAUGAAGCCAUUUACCAUGCAAUUCCCAUAGUAGGGAUUCCCCUAUUUGCAGACCAGACUGAUAAUAUUAUCCAUAUGAAGGUGAAGGGAAUGGCUGUGGAACUGGACAUCCACACAAUGAAAGCAGAAGAUUUAGUAAAUGCUGUGAACACUGUCAUUCAUAAUGCUUUUUUUAAGAAAAAUGCUUUAAAAUUAUCUCAGUUCCAUCAUGAUCAACCGAUAAAGCCACUGGACCGGGCUAUCUUUUGGAUUGAAUUUGUCAUACGCCACAAAGGUGCCAAGCAUUUGCAAGUAGCUGCCUAUCACUUGAACUGGUAUCAGUAUCACUGUCUAGAUGUCAUAGCCUUCUUGAUUGGCUUCACAAUAGUUUUUGCAUUCCUCACUUUUAAAUGCUGUUCGUAUUGCUUUUGGAAAUGUGGCAACAUUUUACAAAAAUCAAAAAUAGAUUAAUUUUCCUGGGACUCGGUCUCCAACACCUGAUUAACAUAGUUUAUGCUCAUUAUUGGUACAGUAAGAUUUAUGUUGAAUGUUUCCAUAUAAUUCGAUUCCAUUCAUAAUAUUAAAUUUUACUUGUAUGUGUAAAUAGUUAACAAAUUUAAUUAGUUUUGGUUUGAUUGGUAGUUAAGUGAUUCUGAAGUGGAAAUUUAGCUAUAAUGAGAAGUAAUUUUUUGCAAAUGCUUCUCUAUAAUUCUUUCUCGAAAUCAUUACUUUAUUUAGAAAUUUCUAUGUAUAAUUUUUUUUCUCAAAAUGCCAAUCACUUGUUUAAAAAUGUUCAUGGAAGUAUCUAAUAUGAGAGACAGAAUUAGGUAAGACUAAGUAAUGAACUUAUCUUCAGCUGUCAAACAAAAGUA